AUUACCCCAGAUCCAUCUCUCAUCUUCAGUUUCUUUUGUUCUUUCCUUCCAUACUGUUUUCUUGGUAUAGAUGCUCCUGUGUUGACAGAGAUACCACCCCCGGUAUAUUCUGCCUACCUUCAUGGAAGGAUUGAAUUGCCAAUUUGGGUUGAUGCAGUGCCACGGCCAAAGAUAACUUGGACUCGUGACUCUAAACUUCUUGUCGCUUCAUACAGAACUCGGAUAGGCGACCGAUCAACUUUACCUGGUAGUCCAAUAUCGAGAGAUCGGGAGAUAGACAGCCCGGGAAAUUUUGAAUCUGGAUCAGAGCUACAGCGUUUUUAUUCGAUAAAUGCGAGCCUCAUUGUUGAAGAAUGUAUUCUACAUGAUGCUGGACUGUAUACGCUUGUGGCUGAGAACAUUGCUGGCCGAGCUCAGACAAGCUGUUUGGUGCGCGUGGAAGAAACUCCUGUUCCGAAAGUUAUAUCAACUCGAUGGACAAAUUUAGAACAACACUAUUUCGUCUUGAGACUUGUGGGCAAGGGCACUUACAGCGACGUUCAUUUGCUAAUCGAUAAGAAGACAAAUCGCGAAUAUGUUGGCAAACUAUACGCAUUAGACGAGCCAAUAACGCUGGUGAACGCUGCCAGGGAGCUGGAAUGCCUUACGCGACUAUAUCAUAGCAACGUGGUCGAACUAGUGGACUCCAUCAUCAGUGAUCGAACUCUAGUUAUUGUGACAGAAAGGUUGAUCGGUAACUCCUUGCUUGAUGAGGUGAUAGCCUGCCACAGUUGGUCAGAGGCUGCGUCCGCCAGCAUAAUCCGUCAACUUCUUGAGGCACUCUCUCACUUACAUAAUGAAGGAGUAGUUCAUCUUGACGUUCAACCGGAAAACAUGAUAUUCACCAGAAACCUAUCAGCUGCUCGUCGGCCUCGUGGGCGUAGCUCAUCACGUGACCUGAUAUCUGCUUUAGCCCCCCUCUCCGGUGAUACCUCAGUUCCAGGCGGGCAGCAGGAUGCAGGAGUUCUGAGCAGUUUUGUCAAACUUACAGGAUUCUCAUUGGCACAGCCUUUUACCCCCGGAGCAAGUUGCGGCAAAAGCCGCAUCCGUCCGCCACCUCGUUGGCGACUCGACUUUGCUUCACCGGAAAUUAUACUGACAAGCAUGGAGGAAAACGAAUCCGACAGGAUUGAGGAAAUGGGACCAUCUGUUGACAUAUGGAACGUUGGUGUGAUUACUUACCUCUUGUAA